AGUCGGGCGUCUCGGGGAGGCUGACGGGGACUCGUGGAGUUGUGGGAGGCGGCGGAGUGGCAUCCCCCGUCCGCGCCCAGUCUGUGUCUUUCUCCACCGGUCCAGCCUUUUCUCCGCUCCGCACGCAGAGCAGCUGCUUCCAUCUCUCUGCGUCCGUCCUCUCUACCCUCUAGCCAGCGCGGCCGGGGAGGUGGCGAUGGGCAGCGAGGACGCGCUCGUCGAGAUCCACCCCGGCGAGCUCCGCUUCCUCGUUGAGGUGAAGAAGAAGAGUUCAUGUUGUAUCCGUCUUGUUAAUAAGUCAGAUCAAUAUGUAGCAUUCAAGGUUAAAACAACUUCUCCAAAAAAAUAUUGUGUUCGACCAAAUAUAGGCGUUAUUCUUCCAUUGGCAUCACGUGAUUUUACAGUUACUAUGCAAGCGCUAAAGAAUGCUCCACUUGAUUUGCAAACAAAAGACAAGUUUCUUGUGCAGACCACAGUUGUUCCGUUUGGUACAGCUGAUGAGGGCAUUGUUCCUGCUUUUUUCUCCAAAGAAACUGGUCAAUAUAUUGAGGAGAAGAAGUUGAAAGUUGUCACUGUCAGCAUAACAGAGCCUCAAGUACAGCAGCUCAUCAAUGGAGUUCCCCAUGCCAAGGAAACAGCUGGGGUUCUUGUGACAGAGCAGACACUAGAUAAUGUGAAUGAAGCACCUAAUGUGGCGAAUGAAGUUCCUAAUUCUCUGAAAGCAAGCUUUCCCUCUUUAAGUGAAACUGCUGCUUUCAAUGAAAAUUCCUCACCUGUAAACGAAUGCCCUACUAUCCUGCAAGAUUUUCUAGUCCCACCCAAACAAACUUCAUUUACUUUGUUGGAAUUUGCUUCCAAUUUGCAAGAAACCUCUGUUGCCUCUAUAGAAACUCACUUUUCUUCAACAGAAGCAAGUGUAGAUCUGAAAGAAUCUCCACCACCAGAAUAUACUCCUGCUCCAAGUGAAGUUCCAUCGUUAAGUGAUAAAGAAUCUACCAGUGCUGAUAAUGUUCAUAUACCUCAGCAGGUAACCAAAGAUGUUCAAAAUUUACCGAUGAAACUUAACAACCUUGAAGUAAAACUUGAAGAGGCUAAAACUUUGAUUGUAAAAUUGAGGGAAGCAAACAGAGCUACCAUCCAAGAGCGGGAUAAAUUGCGGAAAGAGAUGGUGUUAUUGAAAAGGGCGGGCGCUGCACGGAGUCAGUCCAGCACCGGUUUCCCCCUGCUUUUCGUCAUCUACAUGGCAGUUGUUGGCAUUUCGCUCGGUUACCUUCUGCACCUAUGAGGACUGUGAAUUUGAAAUGAAGCACCUGGGCCGUUGCUGAUCUCUCUUGGAGCCGCUGAGUCCCUGAACCUGGGUUACUUUGUCAGAGUGAAACUACUGUUACGUCACGAUCGUCACAUUAGUCAGAUGAACCUGCAUACAUCUUAGGACUUACGGUGAUAAUUACUGUAGUGUAUAUAAAUAGAGCAGCGCAAUUUUUACUUGCUAUAUAGAGCUGUAGAGUGGUUUGUCUGAGCAAGAAGCCGACACGAGAGAUAAGAGUUGGAAUCAUUCGAGACUCCUGGAAAGCCACCAGGAGAUCAUAUCCUUGAUCCUUCAUGUUCUCCUUGCAUGGUUCCCCUUGUUCUUGUCACAAUACGAACAGAAACUAUGAAGAGUACAGUUUAUGGACCUUGUCAACUAGGUCGUUAUUAAGAUUAUAAAAUCU